AGCCCUUGGCACAGAGAUGUGGCUGCUGUCUCGAAUUUUACCUAUUUUUAGGCUGUAUUUUGUGGGAGUCAAAGUUCUUUUGUAUCAGCUGUUCAACAAGUCUUUCACUUUACCAGUUUUGCCCAAACAAAAUGGAAGGGUUGCCAUAGUGACGGGGGGUGCCCGUGGAAUGGGGUAUGAGACUGCGAGACACCUGGCAAGCCUUGGCAUGCAUGUGGUAAUAGCUGGGAACUCUGAAGAGGAAGGCCUGCAAGCUGUGAAGAAGAUUCACGAAGAAGGCGUCGAGGGGAGAGUGGAGUUCCUGUUCCUGGAUCUGUCUUCCCUGAAAUCUGUCCGGCAGUUUGUCCAAAGCUUUGAGGCCAGGGCUCUACCACUUCACAUCCUCGUCAACAAUGCUGGCAUCAUGUUGGUUCCCGAGGGUACGACUGAGGACGGCUUCGAGCUGCACUUUGGACUGAACUAUCUGGGACACUUCCUAUUGACAAACCUCCUCCUGGACAAGCUGAAGAGGUCUGGGAGGGAGGGUUCAUACUCCCGUGUCGUCACCAUGUCCUCAGCCACACACUAUGUGGGGAGACUCCAUAUGGAUGAUCUACAAGGCAGGUUGUGCUACAGUGCCCAUGGUGCCUACUCUCAGAGUAAACUGGCCCUGGUUCUGUUCACGUACUACCUGCAGGAGAAGCUGUCUUCUGGAGGGUUCCCAGUGACAUCCAACGCGGUCGACCCGGGCAUGGUGGACACCGACCUUUACAACAACCUCUGUGGUCCGGCCCAGGCCGCCAAGAAACCGGUGGCCAAAAUGCUGUUCAGGACCCCUGCUGAAGGUGCCUCCACAGCUCUCCUGGCUGCCACGGCGUCUCAGUUGGAGGGGGUUGGUGGCUGCUACCUGUACAAUGGGCAGAAAACCAAAUCCGCUGAGAUCACGUACCAUCAGGACGUACAGGCUGAGCUGUGGAAGCGGAGCUGCGCCCUGGUCGGUCUCGGCCCAGAGGGUGACCCAGGGACCAUGACGUCGGAAAUAUGUCACAGUCAUCGGCGUGUCAGCCCCCCCGCCUCCGGCAUCAACAACAACUAAGACGAGGCCCAGUUCUCAAAUCCUCCCUUCGGGUCUGAGUGUGCACUCGCCAUCGUCCCUUGAUGGAUUCAAAAGCAAAGGACUACAACAACAAAUCCAGUGGAAACCCUUCACACCAAUGCAAUGCUUUUUAAUGUAUGCAAGGGACCGCGCUAGUGCACACUGCGAGAAUCGGGACACAACCCGCGUCUACACCAGCCAGCAUUCUACAGUCAACCUUUGGACAUCUGAUUACUUAGCGACAUCUAGCUACUGUACGCCACAAACUCAAGUUGUUGCCUCAAUAAUAGCUGUCCUCUCUUGACCUUUGAUCUGUUCUAGCGGCACCGCGUUACGCAUCAGCAACGGAAUCUGUUUCAGCAUAUCAAAUUUUCGAACAUAUCUCUGUCCUCCGCAUAGACAGUUCUGAAGAAAAAACCUCCCCCUGAAAAAGACAAACCCAUUCUAGCAUUCCCUACUGCUGUAAAGGAAUGGAUGGUUUUGGAUAUUGCAGUACAGGUUCUGCUACCACAUGUAUUUAGUGUUGAUACAGUAGCUAGCUCCCACUUCUGGAAUGGCAGUAGAUAAAAUAUUGAAGAACUUGAACACUUUAAGGACACAAGGAUCCACAGGGAGCUAGUUGUGCCUUGAUUGGUACGAAACAUUUACAAAAUGGUUUUGAAACAGUUUGGUUUGAAACGGGUUACUCUGUCCAUUAUUUUGUACAUGGACUCCCAUCGAAGACUGGAUCUGACCCAGACUAAACCAUAAAUCUGACCCUGACUAGACCGUAAACCUGACCCGGACUAAACCGUAAACCUGACCCGGACUGGACUGUAAACCUGACCCGGACUGGACUGUAAACCUGACCCGGACUGGACUGUAAACCUGACCCGGACUGGACUGUAAACCUUACCCGGACUAGACUGUAAACCUUACCCGGACUAGACUGUAAACCUGACCCGGACUAGACCGUAAACCUGACCUGGACUAGAUCACAGAUCUGACCUGGACUAGACCACAGAUCUGACCCGGACUAGACUGUAAACCUGACCCGAACUAGACUGUAAACCUGACCCGGACUAGACCACAGAUCUGACCCGGACUAGACCGCAAACCUGACCCGGACUAGACCGUAAACCUGAACCGGACUAGACCAUAAACCUGACCUGGACUAGACUACAGAUCUGACACGGACUAGACUGUAAACCUGACCCGGACUAGACCCUAAACCUGACCCGGACUAGACUGUAAACCUGACCCGGACUAGACUGUAAAUCUGACCCGGACUAGACUGUAAAUCUGACCCGGACUAGACCGUAGAUCUGACCCGGACUAGACCGUAGAUCUGACCCGGACUAGACCGUAGAUCUGACCCGGACUAGACCGUAGAUCUGACCCGGACUAGACAGAUCACUGAUCGGCAGAGAUACCUGAACCGCCUCACAGCUGUGACGAAAAUGUCCAAUGAUAAUACAUAUCAAAUAUGCUUUGGUGAAGCAACCAUUGGACAAUAACUUGGUUUAGCCUUAUUCCUGCUUCAUUUAGACGACGCCUCCAGUUUGAUGUGUUUGUGCCGUCCUUGUCCUCGUCAUCCAGGAGAGAAUCAGACAGUGUUUUAAUAGUACAGCACCCCAGGAUCUUGUGCCUCCAUUGACCUGCUGUGCCCAAAGGGGACGUUCUCUCCAGAUGUCCGUUUCACUGUGAUUGACGUGAAAUGUUGUCGUGGUAGUGAUGUUUGUGCCCUGCAGUGAUAACAAAAUGACGCUCGUCUUUGUAUUUUCCUGAUACAUAACCAGCAUCUUAAUGAUAGUCGGAUCAUGUUUUCCACAAUCAAGUGUAUGCCACUUUUUAUCUGACUAGAAGAUUCCUUGUCAUUGAUUAAGUGGUUCUCAUCAUCAGCGGUUUCUGGUCAGGAGCGUUCGAACGGGUGCUUCCUGCAAUUUGUGUGCAGGCAUGGCUGCUUGAAUUACAGACACUAGCAAUGACGCGUUUCGAAAGAGAUGAAACUGUACCUACUGGUAAUGAAGUAGGGACUGCAUUUGUAUAUCGUCAUUAUAUAUCUAUGCUUCUUCUGGUUUCUCUCUAAUCUGUUUUUUAGGUGUCUGUGUCGACGUUGUCAUGCAGGAUAUCGUUAACAUCUUUGUCUUAAGUGUUCAAGUACUGUGCGUAGGCCUAUGCAGUGAAAGAUUCAGUUGUGUACACGUCUGUGUUUGCUCACUCGGUCAAGCCAAAUACAUGCUCCAGAGUCAGACAGAGGUUAUUCAGUAGCAUUGGUCCCAAUACUGACUUGGAAUAAUAAUUAGGCCGAAGAGGAGCUUUAAUCUGCUUUUUUAUAGUAUAAUUGUGUUAUGAGCCCAGAUGAAGGCUGACGUAAGUUAAAUGUAAUA